GGGGUCGGCCUUGAAAAAGCCAGAACAAAAUCCAGAAGAGCAUUCUAACACGCCCACUGCGUGCAGGUACCGUGGCGGACUACGUCCCCGAAAUGGCAUUGGACCUCAGACGAAGAGAACAUCACGACACCGAUGCAAUUUCCUCAUCUUCGCCGGCCUCUUGGGAGACAUCCGUCACCACGGCUGGAUUCGCCUUGGAAUACGCAACGGCAGCAGCAUCGGUGUGUCGAUGUGUCCUCCUAGGAUCAGUCAAUGCCCUACAUGGCGCAGACCGCUUGCCCUGUGGGUUCGUACACGAACGUGUCAGGUCAGACCGCGUGUACGCUCUCCAGUCCGGGUUAUUUUGUGAACGAGAAUUCUACGAACGAGGUGCAGUGUGCCGAAGGGACGUUCGCGGACGAGAAAGGCGCCGCAGUUUGCACCAAGUGUGUCGCUGGCGAUUUCCAGGAAAAGCGAGGCCAGACGAGCUGUGACCGUUGCGAAGUGGGCAGGUAUCAGGAUGAGAAGGGUGAGUCCAGCUGCAUAUCUUGCCCAGACGGCCGCACGACUCUGUACACGGGGUCCUCGAGCGCGUCCGAAUGCAUCUGCCAGGUGGACACCGAGUACUUGGACGAUACCACAGACACUUGCAAACCGUGCCCCAUCGGCAUCAAUUGUCCGGCAGGUGCGUCGUUGGCACUCGAAAUAGGGACAGACGUCAGCAAUGGUGGUUACACUUCUCUGUCCGUCAAACCUGGCUACUACAUACCAGCAUCUGCAGUGAGCGUCGGUGAUUCUGCGGGGCGUGAAGAUGCCAUUAUCAAUGAGGUUUACGCGUGCGAUGCUCUUGGGGAGGCCGUGCUGUCACAGUCUGGUUACAACACGCCAUGCCCUGGUGGUCCAGCGGGCUCCUGCGCACUGAACCGCGACGCUGGCUCGCUUGCUUGCGGGCGCUGCAUGGAUGACCACUUCCGCGGGUCGGACGGGACUUGUCAGAAGUGUGGAGGCGGCGAGGCCGUUGGCUUGGUAAUAAUGAUCGUCCUCGGACUGACACUGCCUGUCGGAUCCUACUUCUUCAUCAACCAGGGAGUUACUGCGAAGCUUGGAGAGCUGUCAGCUGCCAUCCUGAGUUUCGGGACUUUUGUGACAAGCGUGCAGCUGGCAAUGGUCAUCACCAAGAUCUCGGUGUCAUGGCCUGCAGGCAACCGCGACAUAUUCCGCACUUUCGCCAUUUUCGCCUUCGAUUUGGACUCCGUGCGCGCCGAGUGUCUGUUCGGCUCAGGCGCUACAACAGGCUACGUGCUCACACUGCUCAUCCCGAUCCUGUUAGGCGCGGUGCUCUUCGGCGCGUCGUUCUUAUCCCGCUUGGUCUUUGCUGUGAGCCACCGGUUGCACAUGAAGGGGCCUGAGACAUGGAACACUUAUUUCACAGUGUACCAGGCGGUCUUCAUUGCUAUCUUCAUAACGGUUGUACGCCCGUUUCGUUGUUACUCUCACCCCAAUGGCAAGUAUUCCAUGGUGGAUUACCCUGAUAUCAUUUGUUGGGACAGCGACUCUGACCACACAGUGAUGAUCGCCUUUGCCAUAAUUGCCAUAUUCGGGGAGGUUGUUGCGUUCCUGGCUUACUACGCUUGGUGCAUCAUGACCUUGCCCCAAACCAGUUUGACUGACCCAAACGUCCUGCGCAGCCUCAAGUUCGUCGUGUAUCGUUUCCGGGACGGUGCUUGGUACUGGGGCAUCAUCUUCCUCAUCAGGAACACAUUCACUGGCAUCUCUGUGAUCAUCGACCCGUCUCGCCCGUAUGCACAGAUGAUGGUGAUGGCCAGCGUGUUGACGGGGUAUUUCCUCUUGAGCGUGCUCAUUCUGCCCUGGAGGGGCAAUGCUCUGAACCUUUCAGACGCGAUCACUUGUGCGAGCCUCGUCAUGCUGGUGGCGGCCGCGGGACCGGCCGUGGGAGAGAUGUCUGCAGCAGUCGAGACCCAGGUGUCCACUGGCACUAUGUUCUUCUGGCUAUUUGGCCUCGGAUCCAACGUGCUGAUUUUCACCUACCUCUUCUAUCCAGCGGAUGUCUUCUUGAGAGACCAGUUCGGUUCGAAGGACAUGCAGCAGGCAAAAAAGGAUUCUGAUCUGAAGAAAGCUCGUGACGUGGGGAAGCGGCUGCUGCGGAUGAGCCAGGGUCUGUGCAACAAGAGCGAGGAGGAGAUUGGGAAACAAUUGGUGGAUCUCGGGGACUUCGACUUAAUGCGGCUCAAACGAGGCGUUCGCUUCAUCGAGGUGGAGCUGCUGCAGGACGAUGACGAGAUCGUGAAAAACAUGUCUUCGCGGAAUUUCUUCGAGGCACGCAUCAAGACUUCGAGUCCUCAGCCCAACCGUGGUGCGGACAGCCAGGAGCCCGACAGCAAUGAGCCGACGCCUACUAUCGCCACACCGACGCUCUGA